AUGUCUCUCAAUCAGUGUUCCCUCGAGAAGCACUUCACUUACUUUUCACGUCGACCAAAUGGCAUACUCAUGACCCGAUUUGCAGAAUUUGAAUGUAAACCUGCCAAACCUUCGGCAAUUCAACGCUCUGCCGAUACCUCAUCAGCAACCCUCUUAGACCGUCUACCACUCGAGCUUUUACACUUGAUCUGCGCAUCAUUAGACUUCCAGUCGCUCUCCAGACUUUCACGUACCUCACUUCAAAUCAAGACCAUCGUAGAGUUACUUCCAGCUUACCGAGAUCUGAUGAAAUAUGCGCCGCGUACUCUCAGCGCUUUGGGCAAGACAAAGCUUAUCAGUUUGCAUUCGUCCGGUGAGCUUCAUGCAGCCUUACGCUCUGCAGACUGUGUCUCGUGCGCAGAAUUUGGCACUUACUUAUUUUUACCAACAUGCGAGCGGGUCUGCUACGGGUGUUUGAGAAGAAAUCAAUCCUUUUGGAUGAUCGCAGAGGCCACAGCCAAGAAGUGCUUCAAGAUCCCACAGCGACAGCUUAAAACCAUAUCAUUCACGCAAUAUGUACCCCGACAUUAUCAGAAUGCGCGGCAUGGCGUAUUUGGUCAAGAGCAACGUCUUUACGCUGUGAAGAGUGUAAAACGACUAGCCAUCUUGAUCCAUGGAACAAACAGGAAAGUUACAGGUCUUCUUCCGACCAGACCACCUCCACACCUUGCAAACAAGCCACUGAGAGAAUAUUAUGAAUUCAAAUGGCUAUUAAAUGCGCCAAUGGAGCCAUUCCAGUCUGAUCCUUUGACAAUACCACCAGAUGGUCCUAUACCCAGGAACGAAUGGUUCGAUACAGCGUCGAUAUACUUUCCACAUUUAGCUUCAGAAAACCUCCUCGAAAGUGGGCUUUGGUGUCGUGGAUGCGAUCAUUUGAGCAGAAAUUUGUAUCUUGUGGGCCCUGGCACACUGUCGAAACUAGUUCCUCGCAAUAUUAAGGAACAGGAAUUCUUCAAUGGAUGGAAGGAUCGUGCCAGGACAAAGGAUAAUUUCUUAAAGCAUAUUCAGACUUGCGUCGGAGUACAAAUGCUUAUUACUGAACCAGCUGACACCAGCCGUUUCCGUUGA